UUUGCUCUGGUCAGGUCCGCUGAAUCGCUGUUCCCGAGAGCUCGGAUGUUAAGACGGCAAUUAUCUCGCGGCACGUGUUUAUAAAGUGACUUGGCGUGGGCGGUCCGACAAUGUAACUUCUGCUGCACGCAGCGCAGCCUUUGACAACUAUUCUUUUCUUGUUAUAAAAAGCUCAUAUUUAUUUAGUUCAAUGGAAGUGAUACAUCCAUAUAAAUGGACUAAUUAGCAUUUUUAAUGUUUAAAAAUUCUGCAAUUUUUGGACUUUUAAAAAUAAAUUUGUGUAUAACGGCUAAUGAGCAAACACGACUGCUUCAGAUUUAAUAUGUUAAUUAAAACAUAUUCUUAGUGCCAUAGACAGAAAUUCGAGUACCUCCAGAAAGCAAAUUAGAACAAUUUUUUAUACGCGCUGCUGGUGUUCAGUUUUACGUUCUGAGCUAAGCAUAUUUGAAGUCUGAAAGUUCUACUUCAGUGAUUUUUGAAUAUUUUAACUGUUCGAUUUGUGAGAUUUGAUUUCUACAAAAAUAAUUUUAUUGCUCAGCGGACAGCAAUAGUGCCUUCUUGUGUGUACGACAAAAGCGAUUUCUCCAUGGGUGCGAUUUAAUUGCAGAUUUAGUGAUUAAAACUUAACAAGAGACAGGCUUCAUCAGUUAGCAGUAAAUAAACUGUUGAAAUGAGCGGUCACGUGGAAUAGCUGGUAAAUAUCCGAAGGAAGCAGUUUGAAGGAAGAAGAAAAGCAACCUUUUCAGGAUUUCAAGAACAGCCGCGAUUGAGGUUUACAGGGUAGAAGAUCCGACGACGGUGGCUUUUCGCAGGGUCGCCGCGUGGUGGGAAAGACAGGCUAUUGACCCCCCAGACAUGAGCCUGCCCACCACACGACACACCGCAACAGGUGAAGUGCACGUGAAGCGGCCAAUGAAUGCCUUUAUGGUAUGGUCGCGAGCUCAGAGACGUAAAAUCGCCCUCGAGAAUCCUAAGAUGCACAAUUCAGAGAUUAGCAAGCGCCUGGGCACCGAAUGGAAACAUCUGUCUGAGUCAGAGAAACGCCCAUUCAUCGAAGAGGCGAAACGGCUGAGGGCGCUUCAUAUGAAGGAGCAUCCGGACUACAAAUACAAACCACGACGCAAACCUAAGACUUUGUUAAAAAAGGACAGAUUUCCUUUUCCUCUUCCAUAUAUGUCAACACCAAUAGACUAUUUAGGCAUGAACUUUUCGCGGAGUUUCUUCCCUGCUGCGCCAUCAUCAGCGGGACUUCCAAUGCCGGGUUUGCUCCCUUUUUCUUCCUCCGAUUCCAUAUUUGCCAGCGCUCCUGCUGUUGUUACAAGUUCAGCGCCUUCGGCAACAGUAUCAAGGCUAUCACCUUCUGAAGACAGAACAGAUCAAGAUGGUAAGCUUUCUUCUGCUGGGUCUUCCACCCCCAGUGAUGCGAACCUCUUGCAUCCUUUCAAACCACUCAGCAGCACGAGUCCUUAUCCAGCUUACAGUCCCGCUGCAGCUGCUGCGGCCGCAGCUUCCCUCUACUCCGGAUUGUCACUUCCUGUAUCACCUUACUUCAUGCCGUGUGGAUGUGGUCCGUCCGGACCCUAUGGUCUGGGUUCAUCUGUACCGCAGAGUCCCGGCGACUCAGCCCGUCACGGUGCAUCAGCAGUGGUCACUUCCUCAGCAGGGUCUCUUGUGCUCAAUCCUUUCCUCAGAGUAUCGGACUGUCACCCGGCUUAUCCGUCUACUUCGAGAGACAACCACAGUGACGCGCAAACACCUCCUGGACAUUCCUUGCCUGCUAGUCAACUUUUAGGCUUUUAUUCGUGCCUGGGCAGACCGAAACCAUCAGAAAACGACACUUCAAAACAAAACAACUAAUUUCUAAGCAAGCCCUGGUUUUUGAGAAGAAUGAACACUAUAUACGAAAAGAAUUGUUUAGAAGCGACAUUUCUUUAUUUCAUUUUUUAUUGCAACUGACAAUUGUUCAAAAAUCGUCAUCAUGAUGUACUUCAUCGAGUUCUGCAGAACUAAAAACUGAAACUUAUAAACAUUUUUGACUGCAUUUUAGACAGUUUAUUCGUCAUAUCAAAACAAAAUGAACUGAAAUGUAAAUUGUACAAUGUGCACUAGUCGCUGUGAUCACCGAAAAUCGUCUAGAAAGCUGUAAGUGUUUUAUUAUUAAUUUUCCUUUUACUUUCUAAUAAUACAUUUCAUGUGCAAUGGAAAUACUGAUGCAGUGUGAAGUUCUGUAAUAUGUUGCUUGAGGCAAUGUAGAAAGAAAAUUAGCAAAUUAAAAUUACAAAAUUUUCAAAAUCUGAAAAA